AUGAUACAUCCUUUGUUAUUGUUAUUAUUGUUAACUCUAGUUGUAAUUAGUGUGCAUUCUUAUGGUCAUUUAGAUAAGCUAUGUACAGACAUAUCCAACAAAGAUGCCUGCAACAACAUAGAAAGAGAACAGACCUUCGAAUGCGCCGAAAAUAUUAAUUCAAUGACCGAUUGUGCAUUAAACAUCAACAAUGGCAAGCGAGAAUUUGCCAUUCUACAACCCGAACAAGCUCUCUUAGCGGCGAAUUUCGUCUCCGAUAACGUCACUGUUAUUGCAGAAAUAACCACUGAAAAACCCCCUUACCAAACGGUGGUCUUGGCGCGAAAGUUCUACAACAACUCCUUCGAAGACUUGAGGAACAAGCGCUUCUGCCAUCCGGGCUUCAAGCACGACGAAUUGGUCACCGGGUAUGUCCUGCAGGAGUUCGAAGCGAAGAUAAUCGAACUGAACAACAGCUACUGCCAGAGCGCCGCUCAAACGCUCUUAGAGAAGCGAUUGGGCGCUCUAUCCGGCUUCUUCGGGCCCUCCUGUCGCCCCGGAGAAUGGGCCAUCGACGAUCCCUCUCUCGACGCCUCUUUAAAAACGAAAUAUUCGAAUCUCUGCGAACAGUGCGGCCCGGAGAAGUGCAACGUGAACUACCAAGAGCCCUUCCAAGACGCCUUGAGUUGUCUUAGAAACGGCGGUGAUGUGGCUGUUACCAGUCUAUUGCACGCCUCGAAAUUCUUCGAAGAUUCGAACAACAUCGAUGGCUUCGUUUACGUUUGUCCCGACGGACGGGCGAUGAAUCCCCGAGAUGGGAAUUGCACCUUCACCGAUCAAUUGAACAGGAUCGUUAUAACCGAACGGUCUAUAAUGGAAGCGACUCGAAACUACUUGGAUAAAAAUUUACCCAACCACAAAUCGCUUAACGGUUUCUCCACGCAAUCGCUCGCUUCUGUGCCGCUAUUAGAAGAAUCUCUGCAAGUCCUGCUGGAAUUGAGCAAAACCGAUAACAUUACGUUUGUACAACCGGUACCGUUAAAAGCAUACGUAUUCGCUCGCAGGAACAUUCCGAACCCAUCGAGCAGCAUCUACUGCGAGGAGACAGUGAACUGGUGCACAGUCGAUGCGAAGGAACAGGAAAAGUGCCUUUGGUUGCAACAGGCCGCUCUCAACGCGGGCCUACAGCCAGUCAUUCAAUGCGCUCAGAGCCAAUACAACGAAACCAUCUCCUGCAUCAAUGAUAUUGAUCAAGGAAAGUCCGAUGUGGCCUUCGUCGAUGUUGACUACGGCUACAGCGCUUCGAGGUCUGGUUUAACGUACGCCGCCUAUCCCGAAACCGCCAAUAAAGAUCUAUCUACUAUAAUUAUAGUAGUUCGAAACGACUCCACGAACAUCGGCAGUUUGAAGGGAAAGAAGUCCUGUUUCCCGCGAUACGGUGGAAAAGAAUGGCUGGCGUUCAUCGACGCGAUGAAAUCCAACAAGCAGAUGUCGAUGAAGUCCUGCGAUUUAAACGAAGCUUUCGAGGAGUUCGUAGGUGAUAGCUGCUUACCGGGCGCUAAAAAUAAAUAUUUCGACGUUAAGAACGCCGAGAAACUGUGCGCUCAAUGCCUGACGAAUAGCGUUUUCGGACCCGCGAAAAUGUGCAAUAACGACCAUCAAAACAAGUAUUACUCAACGGACGGGGCGUUGAAGUGCGUCGAAGAUAAAGCUGGGGAUUUUGCGGUGGUUACGAUAUCAGAUAUCGAGCAGUUUAAGGAUAAAACGGACGGUUUUCGAGUGGUCUGUCGUAACGGAUCUUUGGCUAAAAAUGAGGGUUUAUCGGUGGAUUCCGAUUGCGCUCUAACUAUAAUCACCACAGGGGAUGUAGUGGUGAAAAAUAACACGGUGAAACGAUCGAAUGUUAUUCAGCUUCUGAAAGGAAUCGAUUUGGAGUUCGGGCAAAGUCUCAGGAAGACUUUCAAAGUGUUCGAGACAUUCGAUAACGUUCCCGAUCUGCUGUUUCCUGAUUCUACGCCUGGAUUGGACUUUGAUGGAGAUGCGUUGGGUAAACCGGUGGAGAAUUUCAAAAGUUUGCUAGAAAAUACAGAAAAGUGUGAAGUUGGUCCUAACGUGGGUCAUCAUCUGGUGCCUUCUACUAUACUUAUGAUUAUUCUUACGAUUAUUGUGAGAUUUUAA